ACCGCGAGUAUCUCUCGGGCAGGUUAGAUCCCAGCGUCUGGAGAAAGAGAAGCUCAUCUCAAACUCGCCAAAGAAACAUUCUAAUGACAAUAAUGUCGCUUUUGACAAAUGCGCUUCACGCCUAUGGUAGAAAAAAGGCGCUGGAGCGAGAGAGCAUUCAUCUUUUGCUCCGGGCAGCCGGUUUUCACGAACUUCCCAAGUUGUCAGCGAGUCAGUCGCUGGAAGUGCCUGCUGCGGGCGAAAGGGUCUUGCCAGAGAUGUUUACCCCACCUCAAGACGCCGCCGAGAAACAAACUCGGGUCAAGCCUCUGCGGGAAAUGCCGGGACCAAGCACCAUUAGUAACCUCAUUGAGUUUUUCUAUCGGGACGGGUUCAGUCGAAUCCACGAGAUCCAGCUGAAACACACGCAUCAGUAUGGCAAGAUCUUCAAGUCCCGGUUUGGCCCCCAGCUGGUGGUGUCCGUCGCAGACAAGGACAUGGUGGCUCAGGUGUUGAGGGCCGAAGGGCGGGCACCUCAGAGAGCCAAUAUGGAAUCCUGGAAAGAAUAUCGGGAUAUGAGGGGCCGGGCUACCGGCCUCAUUUCUGCGGAGGGUGAGGACUGGCUGAAGAUGCGCAGCGCUCUGCGGCAGAGGAUCAUGCGUCCCCGCGAUGUCGCCGUCUUCUCCGAUGACGUCAACGGGGUGGUGGCGGACCUGAUCAAGAGGAUCCAUGCUCUGCGCAGCCAGGACGGCGCCGGGCAGACCGUGAUGAAUGUGAACGAUCUCUAUUUCAAGUACGCCAUGGAAGGUGUGGCCUGUAUUCUGUACGAGACGAGACUGGGCUGCCUGCAAGAGGAGAUUCCUAAACAGAGUCUGGAGUACAUUGCAGCCCUACACCUGAUGUUCAGCAUGUUCAAGACCACCAUGUAUGCGGGUGCCAUUCCCAAGUGGCUUCGCCCCAUCAUUCCCAAGCCCUGGAAUGAGUUCUGCAGGUCCUGGGAUGGCCUCUUCAAAUUCAGUCAGAUUCACGUGGACAAAAAACUGUCUGAAAUAAAGUCGCAGCUUGCCGCUGGCAAAGAGAUUAAAGGAGGCCUGCUAACGCAGCUACUGGUUGGCAAGGAGAUGACCCUGGAGGAGAUCUAUGCCAACAUGACGGAGAUGCUGCUGGCAGGAGUUGACACGACGUCCUUCACACUGUCCUGGAGCACCUACCUGCUAGCCAAACACCCCCAUGUCCAGCAGGCUGUUUACGAAGAGGUGGUGAAUAACCUAGGACAUGACCAGGUGCCUGUUGCCGAAGAUAUUACCCGCCUGCCUCUCAUCAGAGGACUUGUAAAAGAGACUUUGAGGCUGUUCCCAGUCCUGCCCGGUAAUGGGAGGGUGACCCAGCAGGACCUGGUGGUAGGAGGCUACCACAUUCCCAAAGGGACCCAGCUGGCCUUGUGCCACUACUCCACUUCGCUGGAUGCCGAAUGCUUUCCCUCUUCCACCGAGUUCCAUCCCGCGCGCUGGGUGCGGAAGGACAGCAGCGACCACGUGGACAACUUCGGUUCCAUCCCCUUCGGCUACGGAAUUCGCAGCUGUAUAGGCAAGAGGAUUGCCGAGCUGGAGAUGCAUCUUGCGCUCGCUCAGCUGCUCCAAAAGUUCCGGAUCGAGGAGUCGCCAUAUACCAAAACGGUUACUGCCAAGACUCAUGGCCUACUGACGCCUGCAGCCCCUAUCAACGUCAGGUUUGUCGACAGGCAAUAGCAACAGGAACAUUCAUAUCGGUGGAGAAGAUUUGUGGCUUUCUCCAAGCCCUUCGUGGAUCGACAUAGGUGGACAUGACCUCUUCUCAGCACUUUUCAAAUUGGCAGAAAUCAGGUGGUCAAAGGUUUUACAGCCAGAUGCUUCCUGGUGGUUCUUUAGGAGCCAUGGAGAGCUUUAAGAGUCUCGGAGAGCGACCUUCUCUUUUAUUCACAAAUCCAUGUAGAGAGAGGUCCGUUCCAAACAGACUUUAUUAUAUACUUUCUGUAUCUCAGCUUGUAGAAGACUCUGCUGCUAUAACAGGUUGUAUAAUUGACACUAUACAACAAACAGAGCAGAGUUUUUAUUUUUCCAGUUUGUAAGUCUUUUAAAGUCUUUGUAAUCCUUGGUUGAUUUAACACGUGCGGAAAUAGUGAAGAUGAACUAUAAACAUACAGUUACAUUAACAAAACUGCUUUAUUUUUUUCACAUUUUUAGACAAUUUAGAUACUAAUGUUAAAACCAAGAAAGUACACUUUACUAAGUGACUUAAAGGUACGGUACUUCUAAAGAAAUUAGAAUGAAAUGAAAUUCUCAAAGGACCAAGGCCUUCGUUGUGAUUUUGUGGUUUUAAAAAUUGAAUGACUCCUUUAUUAAAAAGGAGCAAACGACCACAGUAUUCACAUUAAUUCUAACAAAAGUAUAACAGCUUCAAGACCAAGUAGGCACUGUAGCACUGAUGUGCACUGAAUCCAGAUUUUAAAUCUGCAGUUUGAGAUUGGUGUUUUGUUUCUCCUAGAGUUCACAGAACACAAACAUUUAGAGUUUAAAAAAAGCUCUGAAUUUUGGGAAGCUCUUUGGGGGUUAUAUAGUAGAAGGGCUCAAAGAAUGUUAAAAUAUAGACGUUCUGAAUGUAGCAGGACCUUAAUAUUGUGGUGUCCAUUCAAUCCUACCAAGAUUCCUAUCCUUAUUUAGUACUGGGAAGACUUCUGCCCUCAUUCUUAUCUAAACUGAAUGAAAAUGUAUUCUGUGGUAUUUCUGUAACCUGUUGCCUUGGUA